AUGCCAGGAAAACAACUUGUGGUGUUCGACUUUGACUGGUCAUUCGUCGAUCAAGAUACCGAUCGAUGGGUUUUCGAGGUAUUAUCAACUGAAUUAAGGAGAUUACUGCAAGAUAGGAAAUCAUCUGGAACGGGGAUGCAGUGUACACCUGAUGUUGUCAAUGACACCAUGAAAGACCUAUAUGAAAAAGGAUUCAAAAAGGAAGAUGUACUUGGAGCGCUUCGAAUUUUACCCUUCCACCCCGCUAUGAGACGAGCUGUCAUGUCCCUCCAAUCAAGAUCUGAAGAUACCACUUUCUUAUGCUUGUCAAAUUCGAACGAGAUUUACAUCGGAACCAUCCUUGAAAAACACGGCCUCGCAUCACUUUUCUCUGAGAUCAUCACCAAUCCCGCACAUUGGAACCCUUCCUCUCCUGACCAUUUAAUAAUUGGUCGUAGAUUACCAGCCAGUGAACCUCCUCACGGAUGUUCCGUGGGAUGUCUCGCAAACAUGUGCAAAGGUGAUGAAUUAGAUACUUACUUGGCUUCCAAAGGUGGAAAAGAUUCUUUCGAUAAAAUAGUCUAUGUAGGUGAUGGUGGAAAUGAUUUCUGCCCUUUACUUAGGAUGAGAAAAGGCGAUUUAGCCUUAGUGAGGAAAGGUUUAGAAUUAGAUACUAGAGUGAAAGAAGAAGGUGGAAAAUCUGGUUUGAAAGUUGAUGUCAAAUAUUGGGAUCAAGCUUGGCAAAUCGACGAGUAA